AUGGCUUAUUGCUUACUUUUUGUCAACACCAAUACUUGUCAUCCUUUGUUAGUUCGUUCUACGAGUAUCCUUGAACGUAAUGAACAUUCUCCUGAAAUGAUUCUGAACUUAUUAGAUCGUCCUUCGGACAAUCAAAUUCCCUUAGCUUUAAUCGGAAUUCUUACAAGUUCAUAUACAUUUUCCAAUAAAUUCGGAAUUAAACUUCGUUCGUGCCAUACAGAUGAUUGUACAAUUCAUUUCUAUGAAUACAACGAACAUUUAUUAAUGUGUUUAUUAGAACCAACCGAAUUCGAUAUUCCCACUGAAUGCACACAAUAUAAAUUAGUGUUAUUACGAACGUUAUUUAAUAUGAUUAUAGGAUAUGAAUAUAUUGACCAGAAAAGUCAAACGAAUGCGCAAAAAUUAGAGAAUGAUUUAAAUUUAGUUAAAUUUUAUGUUGAUACAAUCCUAAAUGAUGAACGAACGUUCUCAUUCGGAGAUUUAACACAAUGUGCAGAUACACUCUGCGGUUUCGACCGACACAUCAUGUAUUCCUGUUUAAAAUCGAUCUCAGAUCAUCUACGAUGUGACCACGUGUGUAUUACUCUGUCGAAUCGUAUUAUCGCAUCGAGCGUUGGUUGGUCACGGUUAACUCAAGCUGAACAAUACAUCUUAACACUUCUAAUUAGCUUAAACGAUUAUUCCAAUGAUAUUCUACCAACGGUUCGUGAUAUGCCGAUCUAUCUCGAUUCGAUCGAUCGAUCACAUAACUAUCGUCUACUUUCCGUUCGUUUACUUGGUCAAAUUUAUGUGUCAAUACUUUGCUCUUCGACACCGAAAAUGAGUGAAUUCGAGAGUCUUGUUGAGAAAUACUCUCAACCUCAUAUUGAACAUAUCCAACAUCUGAAUACUCUUCUUUAUCCUCGAUCAUUUCACGAUAAUAUCAUUUUCGAUCAUAAUAUUCAAGCAUUGUUAUACAUCAAUCAUCAAACACAUUUCUGUGUGAGUACUUUGGAACCUCACAAAGGAAAUUCGCCAAUAUCAAUGUCAAUGAAGAAACAUCGGUAUGGAGUUCUGAGACAAUUUUACAUGGAAAUUAUUCGAAUGGAUAAAGAGCAAAUGAUGCCAUAUGAAGUUUUGAAGAAUGAUAUGAAAAUGAAUGAAAUGUACUUAUUAAAUGCAGAUGAUCAAAAUGAAUAUAAGUGUUAUUUUGUUCGUGAAGAGACUGUUUUUGAAUUGUUCAUUUUAUUCGACGUGAACAUUCCGAGUAUAGCUAUGCGAGGAAUAGCAAAGAAAACCAUUGCAUUACUUCGAAAGAAUCUGUGA